AAUGCUAUAUACGAUACCAACUACUACUACAAAAAAUAAAAAUUCCGAGAGAGAACCGAGUCCAAAAAGCUGAGUAGAGUCUCUCUGUACUCUUGUGCUGUGCCACUCCUCUUCGUCUUCUUCUCUCCCUUCCCUGCAAUUUGCAUAUUAAAAAAUUACCAUCUUCAUCAUUCUCAUCUUAACAACAACAUAGAUAUUAUACUAGAGAGAGAUAGGGGAGGAGAGAGAAAGUGUCAAAGAAAAGUCGAGAUCGUGUGUAUGUCAAUUGAUUGUUGGAGUACCAAAUUCUACGGUGGAGAGAGAGAAAACGAGCUUCCGAAUCUCUUGCAAUGGCCGCAGUUUCGAAAAAGACGACGCUUCAGACUGUUUCGCCGGAUGAUCGUGCUGGUAAAACUAUGGAGAAAGUGCUUGAUUCUACCCUUGAUCAUGCAACAUUGUCUACUAAAGGAAUUCAUAUCAUGCCAAACGGUUGGACCACCCAUCCUCUGAACCCUCUCUCUGCAGCUGAAAUCUCAGUGGCAGUAGCAACUGUCAGGGCUGCUGGUGCAACACCCGAGGUUAGAGAUAGUAUGCGGUUUAUUGAAGUGGCGUUGGUUGAACCAGAAAAACACAUUGUUGCGUUAGCGGAUGCUUACUUCUUCCCCCCUUUCCAGCCUUCAUUAGUUCCAAGAACAAAAGGUGGACCCUUUAUACCUAGUAAGCUGCCUCUAAGAAAGGCCAGGCUCAUUGUUUACAAUAAAAAAACAAAUGAGACAAGAAUAUGGAUUGUAGAGCUAUCGGAAGUACAUGCAGUAACUCGAGGUGGUCAUCAUAGGGGUAAAAUUAUUUCAUCAUGUGUUAUCCCGGAGGUCCAGCCUGCGAUGGAUGCUGCAGAGUAUGCAGAAUGUGAAGCUGUUGUGAAAGACUAUCCUCCUUUUAGAGAAGCAAUGAGGAAAAGGGGGGUUGAGAAUAUGGAUCUAGUGAUGGUAGAUCCCUGGUGUGUUGGAUAUCACAGUGAAGCAGAUAUACCAAGCAGGAGACUUGCAAAACCACUUAUAUUUUGUAGAACGGAGAGUGACUGCCCAAUGGAAAAUGGCUAUGCGCAACCUGUCGAAGGCAUCCAUGUUCUUGUUGAUUUGCAAAACAUGGUAAUCCUUGAAUUUGAGGAUCGCAAACUUGUCCCCCUCCCUUCUCCAGAUCCAUUGAGAAACUACACACCUGGUGAGACAAGAGGCGGACAUGAUCGUAGUGAUGUGAAGCCCCUCUAUAUACUUCAGCCGCAAGGCCCAAGCUUUCGCGUUGAUGGGUACUUUGUUGAGUGGCAGAAGUGGAAUUUUCGUGUAGGUUUCACUCCUAGAGAGGGUUUGGUUUUAUAUUCUGUGGCAUAUGUAGAUGGUAGUCGGGGUUGGAGGUCUAUAGCUCAUAGAUUAAGUUUCGUUGAGAUGGUUGUCCCUUAUGGAGAUCCGCAUGAGCCACAUUACAGAAAAAAUGCAUUUGAUGCUGGUGAAGAUGGCCUUGGGAAAAACGCUCAUUCUCUUAAAAAGGGUUGUGAUUGCCUAGGCUAUAUCAAAUACUUUGAUGCUCACUUCACUACUUUCACUGGGGAGGUAGAAACAAUUGAGAAUUGUGUGUGUCUUCAUGAAGAAGAUCAUGGAAUCUUAUGGAAGCAUCAAGACUGGAGAACUGGUUUAGCAGAAGUUAGGAGAUCCAGAAGGCUUACUGUUUCUUUUAUUUGUACAGUUGCUAAUUAUGAGUAUGGAUUCUAUUGGCACCUUUAUCAGGAUGGAAAGAUUGAAGGUGAAGUCAAACUCACUGGAAUUCUCAGUGUAGGAGCAUUGUCACCAGGAGAAUCUCGAAAAUACGGUACAACUAUUGCCCCUGGAUUGUAUGCACCUGUUCACCAACACUUCUUUGUUGCUCGUAUGGACAUGGCAGUUGAUUGCAAUCCUGGGGAAGCACUAAAUCAGGUUGUUGAGAUGAAUGUCAGAGUUGAAGACCCAGGUGACCAUAAUGUCCAUGAUAAUGCUUUCUAUGCUGAGGAGACCAUUCUAAAAUCAGAAUUAGAAGCAAUCCGUGAUUGUAAUCCUUUAUCUGCUCGGCACUGGAUUGUGAGAAAUACUAGGACUGUCAAUAGGACAGGGCAGCUGACAGGAUACAAGCUGGUCCCUGGUUCCAAUUGUUUACCCCUGGCUGGUUCUGAUGCUAAAUUUUUGAGAAGGGCCGCUUUUUUGAAGCAUAACCUUUGGGUUACAGAAUAUGCAUGUGAUGAAAUGUUUCCUGGAGGAGAGUUUCCAAAUCAGAAUCCAAGAGCUGGUGAAGGAUUGGCCACAUGGGUUAAGAAGAACCGACCUUUGUAUGAGAGUGAUGUAGUGCUUUGGUAUGUUUUUGGACUCACGCAUGUCCCUCGCUUGGAAGAUUGGCCUGUAAUGCCAGUGGAGCACAUAGGUUUUAUGCUUAUGCCUCAUGGAUUCUUCAACUGUUCUCCGGCUGUUGAUGUUCCACCCAAUUCUAGUGAACCAGAAGUCAAGGCAAGUGAUGUCAAAGAUUAUGGUGCAACCAAGCCCAGCUCAUUUAUGGCUAAGUUGUGAUGAUGCACUUGGCUCACUGUUAAUAUUGGAACCUGUAUUUGUACCAUUUUAGCAAUAUUUAGUUUUCCUUUUGUAUUGCAUCUUUUGGCCAACACCAACAGCGUCACAGCGACGAGUCACAUACGGACUCUCUAGUCAGGACAGAUCACUAUUGCUUCCAAUGUGGUUGCUUUACUUCCCCCUCUAUGGAAUGAGUUGAUUUAUUCGUGUGGACUGUGGUUGAGUCAAGAUGUGGACGAAACCAUCUAUACUAGUAGUAGUAAUUAUCUUUCUUA